AUGGUUGCACGGGUCACUCAAGACGAUAUGAGUGUGCCGUCGCUACCAGCAAGUGCGGUCGCUGCCUCGCCAGAGGACUUUGUAUCGUUUCCCACACUUCCAGAUCCAGAGGUGGUAUCAGAACACCAUUUCUCGGCCAUUUUGUCCAAAACAUUGCGCAAGGUCACAAACAAUGCUUCCAAUUUGGUGCAUGGAAUCCUGCCUGUUGCUGCUGGCGCUGAUGCCAACACUGAAGCUAUUGACUCUCUGUCCCUUAUAUCUCCCAACCGUACAGUGGCAGACGAGUCCAUCGAUCGCGCACUGUCGAUUUCACAUGAGGGCGUGAGUAAGGAUGUUUCGCUGGUCAAAACUGGCAUCAUGCCGCUUCCUGCUGCCGCCAAAAGUGAGGUGGGGCUAGAUCGAACCUCUGUUCUGAUUCUCCCGCCCUCGAUACCAGAAAUACUACCUCGCGUCACCUCGGAUCAUCACUCCUUACGUCUAUCCACGAUGACAAAUAAACAUGCAUUGUCUCUGAUCGAUACCCGAGGUGUCACCAUAACGAAGGAUCCGUUUCCGAACAAGACGGAGGAUGUGGAGCUGCUCAAAGCAGCCGAAAAAACCAUUCUAUCCGACCCGAAAAAACUGCCUUUGGCGACCGCCGCCGCAAAGAUGCCGACUUUGGCAAAGAAAACGCUCCAGAGCCGUAUAUCCUCUAUCUUUAAUAAUCUUCCAAACGACAUCGAGCUCUCAGAUGACCUGGCCUCCGAUAUGGACACAAUUGAUAACGAUACUAUAGAUAUUCUGUUUCGUGGCACUUCUCUCAAAAAACUGGCGGAGUCUGCCCCGCUGGCACUGUCCAAAGUUGGGAAUAAAUCGCCCUCACCAUCUAAAAUUGCGAAACUUCCGCCAAGGAAGUCUUCUGCUCACUUUCCGACUGGAAUUCUAGACGGCGCAAAACAUAUCAUCACCAAUAAUUUGGGAGGUGUGGCUAACUCAGCAUCAUCGAUCAUAGGAUCGAUCCCAAGCAAAAAGAAAAAACGGGUCAAGCCAAAUACAUCGUCGAAUAACCCAUUGAAGAAUGGCGGUAUACCUAAAAAAUACUGGAUGAAUGACUCCUUUGUUUCGGAAUGUCUUAAUUGCUUCAAGUCAUUUUCUGCGUUCAGAAGAAAACACCACUGUCGCUUUUGUGGACAAAUUUUCUGCUCUGAUUGCACGAUAUUUAUUUCUUACAGGCAAUACAAAGAUCAGCGUCUGAAAGACUUGCCUUCCAAGGACUUGCAAGCCUACUCAGAUAAGUUGAGGGUAUGCAAGCCGUGUUACAGCGAUGUCAUUGUUUACUUGAGUGAUGACUCGCUGAGUUCCUCCGAAAGCGAUGCUGAACUGGAUAUUGUACCCGAGGUUUCUUUUGGCGAAGACGCUGGUAGUCUUUUGUUCAACGAUCAUGAAGCUCCCUCUUCUGCAACUACGAGUGAGCAUCCUUUGUCGCGUCUUCGGUCCCAAUCGAUGAAUUCGCGCAGAAAUAGUGCAAUUUAUGAUCUGUCGAUGACAAUUGCGAAUCGCACGUUCAAGCAUGAUCGUAUGGAUAGAAGCGAACUCGAUCAUCUGUCUUCAUUAAUGUCGGCAUCUCCAUCUGGACUCGAUGCCACUCAACGGAGCCCUGAAGGCUUGUCACGUAGAUUCCCGACACAGAUGGCUAUUCCUACUACAAGAACAGGCGAGGCUGUGGAAAUUCCGGCUCCUAAAAAAAGUUUCAGCUAUUUGACACCUCUGCAGUCUCACAGCUCUGCAGUAACCAGCUCCACCAAUUUAUACUCUGGUAGUAUCAACGAAAAAGAUUUCUCAGAGCCAAAACUGUGGUUCAACAAUCACAAGCAUGGGCCCUUGGCCCAAGAUAUUAUGCAUUCGGGAAGCUUGGAGAAUCUAGGUAAUUUAUACAAGGCUGUUGUAAACAACAGAUAUGUUCGACUUCCCUCGGGUUCUGAUCUCAAAUUUGGAUCCCCAAAACAAUACCUCUUGGAGGAUAAAGCAAAACUCGAUCGGGAAGAAGAUGGAGAAAGUGAGAAUGAGGAUGAGCAAGCCAUGUCAUUAUACACAUCAUUGAUCCAGAGUGAUCCAGUUGGCUCAAUUCGUCCUCACAACUCACUCGCUUCGUCUCUCUCUCGCGUUCCAACACUACGAGAAUUUCCGACAAUGUUUGUGGAUGAUAAAUAUAAUCCAGUCAAUUCUGGCCAGACGGAUGCUAUGAAACGUUUCGAAUUCAAACCUAUUGACUCCCUUCAUAAUGCAACGAUUAAUGAGACUAAGCAAAGAUCAGAUUUAAGAUCAAACGAAAGAGCAAGGGCCUCGCUUCGCAGAAUCAAGGACCGUAGAAUGCAUAAAUCCGGCAGAAAAUCUCACGGAAGUACUCUCAAAUUGCCUCCCAUUGACACAAACUACCAAAUUACAAGCACAAUUGCUGCAAGCACUACGUCCACGCCAGUUUCUCCAACUCCUAGGUCUCUGGUACUUCGCUUAGGAAGUGAGAAUAAUUCUGAUUCCGGUAAUGCUAGCUCUACUCUCGGAAUCCAAUACCAGAACGAGGAACAGUCUGGAAGCUCUACUCCUGGUUUUUCAAGUAUGCAAGGACACUUGCAUCAUUUCAAUCUGUAUCACUUAGAUGAUUCCAUUGAUGAAAACAGAACACUUGGGCGAUUAAAUCUAGAUCUGGACCCCCAGGAGGGCCUGACAUUCAAAAAGCAGUUGUCUUCACACGUGAAAGCGCUUAUGAACCAAUGUUGGGAGGAUUGCGAUAUGAAGGAUCCAGGGGAACAGAAACGAUGCUCAAAUGCAUUGCACAAAGCCUUCGCUCACAUUGAAAACUUGAAAAUUAUUGAUACCUUGGAUGUGAAACAAUACAUCAAGAUAAAAAAGAUUUACGGUGGGUCAAUUGAAGAUACUCAUGUUCUAGAAGGAAUGUUCAUCACCAAAGAUAUAGACUCGAAACGAAUGCAGGGUUCUAUUAAAGCUCCAAAGAUUGCUCUCCUCAUGUUUCCUUUAGAGUACUUGAAACAAAAAGAGCAAUUCAUCAGUUUGAGAAUCGUUCAUUCUCAGCAAUCGGUGUACAUCAGCAAUCUUGUUUCGCGUCUCGUGUCUCUUGAACCCGACAUCGUAAUUGUUGGCGAUACAGUAUGUGGUCUUGCUCUAAAACAACUUGAGGAAGCAAAUAUCACUGUUUUAUCAAAUGUCAAACCUCAAGUUAUUGAACGACUUUCAAGAUAUAUCAAAGCUGGAAUAUUUCAAUCUGUCAAUGAAUUGUUCUUCAAGAAAGGUGUAUUGGGAACAUGUGAUAUAUUCGAGAUUAAAAGAUUUAUAUUCCGAGACACAGUCAAGACAUAUGCAUUCUUCACAGGUACUCAAAAAGAAGCAGGAUUCACACUCUGUCUUCGUGGCGGUGACGAAGAAUUUUUGAGUAGCUUCAAAUAUGCUGCAGAAUCACUGAUUCCUGCUGUCUUCAACGCAAGAUUUGAGAAAGGUUUCUUCCUGGAUUUUGCACUAUGUGUAGAAGCCCCGCCACCUAACCCUGGUAUAACUGGUCUGGCUUUACUCAAAGAAUGUUUGGCCAUAGCAUUGGAGCAUUCUGGUGAUUCGAAGCUUUUGUGUUUGAAAUCCAUUGAACAUUUCGGAGUUUCAAAUUAUGUCGAGUUGUUUGCGCAGAGAAUUCUAAGCUUCUCGCCCUCCGUGCAUUUUCCGUUGCCUGUCCCACUUGCAAAUGUCAUCAAUUCAUUGCAACGUGCGAUAGAAUUUUAUCAAUUCAAUUGCGAGCUUCAGCAAAUUACUGAAGAGGAUGAAAUUGAGGGAGCAUGGCUCGAGAAAUUACAUUUCGACUUCAACCUUGAAAGGUUUACUGGCAAAGAGGAUGUUGUGCAGAUACUCAAAUUUGUCAGCGAGGAAAAACUAAAAAGCCUUUUACAUAAUUUCAGCUUUAGAAGCAGAUUAUGGUCCAACAGUAUGAAGUAUACUACUUACCAAUUAUAUCCUAUUUUUCACAAAAGCAUCCGAUUCUUACACUCUCGUGUUUCUAUCAAGAAUGCGACACCAUGUUAUGGCCCUAUAGUCGUAGUGGUCGACUAUUACUCGGAUAAUGACAAACCUCUUGGUCAAUUUUUGGAUCAACUCAUGCAAGAGUCUAGCAAGAUUUGCACGGAGUGUGGAGAAUUGUUUCUCGAUCACUAUAAAACAUACGCACAUGGAAAUGCCAAAAUCGAUAUGAUUGUCGAGAAGAUCUCUGAUUUGCCCCACGAACAUUUCAAAGGUAAAGAUGAGAGAAUAAUGUGGUCAUAUUGUCCGGUUUGCAAUUUUUCGACCCCUAUCAAGGCUAUCAGUGAUGAGACUUAUUAUCUUUCUCUCGGUAAAUUCUUCGAGUUGAAUUUCUGGUCGAAAAACACAUUCUAUCACAAGGAGUGUCGUCAUGAUUUCUUCAAGGAGCACGUGAAAUAUUUUGGAUUCAACGACUAUGUUAUCAGAAUGGAGUACAGCCCAAUAGAUACCUAUGAGGUUGUGGUACCACGCAAAAAAUUGGAGUUCAUUGCUGAAAUUGAUAUUGGCCUAAAGCUUGAUGCUCUCAAGCGAAUUCAAACCUCUGCAGUCAAAUUCUUCCAGAGUAUAUCCAAAAGACUUAAUAGAGUGAAGGUAGAUACUUCUGAGCAUGCUGAAGCAGGAAGUAAAAAGGUGGUGGAGCUUAAGGAUAGGCUAGUCACGCAACAACAAUUCAUCAAGACAAAAACUCUUAGCAUUUAUAAGUCAACUCCUCCUACCAAUUACCUUUCUCUCAAUGUUAUUCAAAGGGAUAUGCAAGAGCUCGGAGUUGCGUGGGACAAGGAAUUCAACGAAUUUGAAAAGAACUUCCUUCCUUCUGAAAACGAAAUUACGAAAAUUACCCAAUUUCAUCUUCAAAACUUCCUCAUUGACAAGUUUGAUACUGAAUUGAAAGAUGGAGCUGAAGGAGCUGAUAAGUCUCUCGAUGAUGAACAUUCCAGUGUGGACAAGGCCAGUGAAGGCGAGAAAAAUGAUGAGAUCGGGCCUAUGCAAGACAACGGGGCUGAUUCGAAGGAUUGGAGCCAGGUUGGAGCUAAAUUGCGGGUGCCACUGACUGCAAUAGAAGACAAAAUCAUGCAGUUCAAGCAAUCCUUAGAGAAUGAUCAAAAUAAGCAUAUGCUCAACGGAAAGCCGAGACCUGAAACAAUACUAGACUUGAAUCUACUGGAUAAUUCAUCACCUCAAACGCCAAACAAGGUUCAAGAUCUUACGAAUUAUUUCAAUCAAAUGACGUUGGAGUUCCAGAAACAACGUGAAAAGGUGUUGGAGAACAAGUCAAACAAUUUCAAGGCUAUCCCCAUUGUUAAUUCGCUGCCAAUUGUGGAUAUAUAUGACAACAUUGAAGACGUGGUUGAUUCAGAGAACGAACGGCGUUCACUCAAGCAGCAUCAGCGCCGCCCGGUUAGUCCAUUUGGCGAUCAAAACUCAGAUAGUAAAGCAAUUCAGCAGACUUUGAACAAAUCGCAGGCGCAGGUCGUCUCGCUGGAUGGUUCAAAAACCGUGAACUCUGUGUCAUCUGAUGCUCCUAGAAGAAAUUCACGAGUAGAGAUUCCUCAACCUGAGCGCAAUUCGUUAUUGAAGUCUUUGACAAACUUCUGGGCUGACCGUUCGGCCACUUUGUGGGAUCCAUUAGAGUAUCCUUUAGAUUCUACAGAGCACACCUUCGCAGACUCUGAUGUGAUUGUUCGCGAAGACGAGCCCAGUUCUUUGGUUGCGUUUUGCUUGUCCUCAAAUGAUUACAAGCAGAAAAUUCUUGAUAUGGCUACCAAUCCUGCUAGUCAAGCUGAGGAUCAAGGCGUAGAUGGCUUGGAAUCAAGUGAGCAGUUCCAAAAGAAGCUUCAUCUGUUCAUGAAGAUCGAAAGAAAAUUCAAGAAAAGAAUUGAUGCCGCAAACGAUGAGACCACGCCUUUGGAAUCAAUAAUGACAAAAACAAAGUCCAAUCACUUGCGGUACCGCUUCCUUGAUGGAAACUCCGACAUGUCAUGCAAGAUCUUCUACAGUGAACAAUUUGAGGCCUUCAGAGUAGCUUGUGGAGUAAAUGACCUGUUUAUUCAGAGUUUGUCACGAAGCAUUAAGUGGCACUCGAAGGGAGGUAAAAGUGGGUCCAGUUUUCUCAAAACUUUGGACAACCGUUACAUUGUGAAGGAGCUUUCCAAGUCGGAACUCGAGUCAUUUGUUUCUAUUGCGCCCUUCUACUUCAAAUAUAUUGCCCAGUCCUCUUUCAACACUUUGACAACAGCGUUAGCAAAGAUAUUUGGAUUCUACCAAGUUGAAGUACGCAACUCCAUGAACGGCAAGGUGUUCAAGAUGGAUUUCUUGAUUAUGGAGAAUCUAUUCUAUAACAGAACGACUACACGAAUUUUUGACUUGAAGGGUUCCAUGCGAAACAGACACGUGAAGCAGACAGGCCGAGAAAAUGAGGUGUUGCUCGACGAAAACAUGAUCGAGUACAUAUUUGAGAGUCCUGUUUUCGUCAAAGAGCAGCUGAAAAAACUAUUGAAGGGCUCCUUGUUCAAUGACACGGCCUUCCUCUCUGAGAUGGACGUGAUGGACUAUUCGUUAGUGAUUGGUCUCGACGAUUCAUCGGGCAAGCUUUACGUGGGAAUCAUUGACUGGCUCCGUACCUUCACAUGGGACAAAAAGGUUGAGAACUGGGUGAAAGGUAAGAGCUUGGUGGGUAAGAAGGGCAAGGACCCCACCAUUGUCACGCCCAAGCAAUACCGUACUAGGUUUAGAGAGGCCAUGGAUCGGUAUAUUCUUGAAGUGCCCGACAUUUGGUAUGAGGGAGCCACCCAUGAUUGA